CUGACCGUGUUUGGAGGCUUGCCAUGCACCAAUUAAACGCGAUAUUGUUCUUGAUAGCGCUCUCAAAUGUAACGUAUAAAGUUUCCGCUCAGAGCGAACCUGAUAUAAGUUUUGCGGAGUCGGUGUAUGCAAAGUUAUCCAGUGCAUGCAGAGCGAUUAUGAAUUUGCAGUUCGACUCCAUGAACAGCCAGAAUGAUAUUCUGAAGACUAUGAGAAUUUUGUAUUUAAAUGGCGAGACUAUGUCAAGUUUCCUCAUUAAUGAUGCAUAUAAAUCGCUCACAAAAGCUAAGAUUUUUGAUAUCACGAAGAAGACGAAAAUUAUACUGCAUGGAUACAGAGAUCGCUCACAAUCUUCGGUGUCACUGGACUUGGCAAAAAUUUACAACAACCUAAACAAGUUUAAUGUUCUUUUAGUCGAUGCUGAAGAGAUGAUGAGUAAGAGCUACAUGUUGUCUGUGCACAAUGCCCGAUUGGUUGGAAAAAGAUUAGCCAAUCUCCUUGCGAAUUUGGAGGAUUACGGAGCGAAUGCGAUAGACUUUCAUCUUCUUGGAAUAAGUCUGGGAGCGCAUAUUGCAGGGUGGGCUGGGAAAUACUUCCAGAGGUACAAGAUGAGGAAACUUGGACGUAUCACAGGUCUUGAUCCAGCCGGGCCGUGCUUCUCGUAUGCUUACCAAGACCAGAGAUUAGAUAAGUUAGACGCUGUGUACGUUGAUGUUAUACACACUAAUAAAUUAGUUCAGGGUAUCACGGAGCCUCUGGGUCAUGCUGACUUUUAUAUAAAUGGAGGUGGACCGCAACAGCCUGGUUGUUUUAUGCCGUCUUGCAGCCAUCUAAGAGCAACACAAAUUUAUGCGGAAAGUAUAAAAGCGCCAAAGUCUUUAAUUGGAGUUCUGUGUAAAAGUUGGAACCAUUUUGAAUCAAAUGCUUGUGAAGAUGGAAAAAAUGCAGUACUAGGUUAUGAAUCACCAAGUUCAACAAGAGGUGUAUACUAUUUGAGGACCACAGCGCAAGCUCCUUACGGCCUCAGCAUGAACGGAACUAAAAGUAUUAGUAAACGACCAACUGAUCCUCUUCUAGAUUUUAAUCUAGAUUUUUUAAAGGAGAAUGGGACUUUUGGGCCUGAUGGUUAACAAGUUAAAAUAUACUGUAAAAAAGGGUAUAUUUUCCUGGUGUGAAAUACAAAACACUAGCUCAUUUUGCAAUCUACAAACCGAAAAAACAAUAAUAUAAAGAAAAUCGAUUAAAAUGACUUAAUCGAAUGAAUAUUAAUUAAUCGAAUAAAAUAAAACUAAGA